AGUUAUUUAGUAAACAGUCUUGCUAGUGAAUGUAUGUGAGAGAGGAUCUUAAGCUAUGUUUUUGAAUACUUACCAACACUUUUGCCCAAAGAUACUAACUUAGUAAAUGAUUAUAUAAUUAGAAAUAAGUAUUAAAAGGCUGGUAAGGAAAAAGGGUAUAAAUCAGAUUGGCAGCUGAAGGAUCGAAGAAUUUCUUUCGUUAAUAUGUCGAAGGAGACCUUUUAUACGAAUUACUCGAGAGGAUAUAUUGUUGAAUUUGUCGAAGCGGGAGACGAACAUUGCUCAUCAUGGCUCCUACUACCUGCAGAAAACUUGUGGCACGAAGGUGUUCGUGGAUUCCUAUAUAUCGUCGCCUUGAUCUAUUUAUUCCUCGGUAUAGCGAUCGCCAGUGACGUGUUCAUGUGCUCGAUCGAAUCGAUAACAGCCAAGAAGAAAACAAUCAAAAAAUACGACGAAGAAGAAGGUAAAGUAAAAGAGGUAGAAGUCUUCGUAUGGAAUGAAACGGUGGCUAAUCUCACUUUGAUGGCAUUCGGUAGUUCUGCACCCGAAAUCUUAUUAGCUAUAGGAGAAACCGCCCAAAAAUUAGGCAAAGAGGAUGAAGGAGAUGGUCUUGGAACUUUUACAAUUAUAGGAUCAGCGGCAUUUAAUCUGUUAAUUAUUACGGCAAUUUGUAUUUUAGUGGUGGAUGGGGGUGAGCCGAAGAAAAUUAAAGAGUUGGGAGUCUUUCUUCUAACAUCAGUUUGGUCGAUUUUCGCUUAUAUAUGGAUGUUGAUUGUAGUAAGGUUUUCGACACCAGGCGUAAUUGACAUGUGGGAAGCUUGGGUGACGUUCGCAUUCUUUCCUUUAAUGGUUCUUACAGCUUAUGCGAUGGAUAAUGGUUUCUGGAUAUACAAAUGCCAUAAGAGUUCUGUGGACGUCGAAAGGACUCAAUCGGUUUGUUUCAACUUUCUUUUUUUGCUACUGUAA